AUGAAGUCAGAUUUUUCUUUGUUCUGCAUUGUCCCCUUGGUUACUGUAGCUGCAGUCGUCCAAUCUAUUGGGACACAUUACAAUGUAACCUUCAAAGGGCGAUUGCUCUGUGAUGGAGGUGGAUUACGCACGUUGAGGCCUGUGGUAAGAGCUGAUAGUUAUCGUCAAAAAAGCACCUAAACGUCUUCAAAAAGAGGAGAUUUCAUUGGCUCUUGAAUAGCAAAUACUAUUUUCUAACGAUAAAUCUUACAAAGAAGGGACUACUAUGAGGAAAAUAUACUUGAAAUGAUCUUUGAAUGAUGCUGUUAGGGUGUCCCAGAAACUUCUCAUGCCGAAUUGCAAGGCCCGAAGUUAAGCGGCUAUUCCAGUUUAGGGUGGACAAAAGAUUUUGUCGAUCAGUCGCAGGAAAAAUGUUUUCUGGCCGUAUCUUUGCGAACUCAAAGCAGAAAAAAGUUCUUAUUUCGAUAACUUCGCUGCCGGCUGCAAGCAAGCUACAGAUAGGAUUUUUCGAAAUUUCCUAUGUCUACGGCUGACACACUGACUCAGAAAUCGUCUUUUAAAAAAUCAGCCCUCCACUUUAUAUGUAAAACAAAAACCAUAAUUUUUCAGAAAGUUCUUCUCUGGGAAGAGGAUGGAGGCCAGAACGCCACGAUCAACCCUGAUGACUUGCUGGCCGAAACUGUUGCUCAAAGGAACGGAACAUACUCUGUGUCUGGUCAGACAGAAGAGGUCGGAAACAUUGAGCCAUAUAUUGAAAUGUAAGUUGCAUUUUUCGUAAGACACAUUACUUUAGUCAUCACAACUGCGGAGGCGAUUGUCUGAUCAUGAGAAGUUAUCAGAAUGUGACCGAUGGCUUGGAACUGUUUGGAAAAGGAGAGAAAUGCUACGACGCUCCUGAGAAGCCAAAGAAAAAUAAUAAAAAGAAAGCUUAA